AUGAAGAUAUCUCACGUCGAACCAUUGUCCUGUCUUGUUAUUGGCAGUGUGGAAUCGCCUUGCUGGAUUUUGGAUUGUCAUACCUGGACUAAUAAUAUUCCUUGUACUUUUCGUCUGCAAAAGUUUUUUGUGCUUGGGGAAACUUCCGUGUCCAUGUGGAACUGUUCAGCAUAUGGAAUAUAUGCUAGUUCACCUAACAGUCGGUUACUGAGAAACCACGGCGACUCAAGACCAUUAGUGUGCAAACGACUUCCAGUAACCACCCAGAAUCACAGGGUGACUAGAGACUGA